AUGUCCUAUGAUCGGUACAUGGCCAACUGCCACCCCCUCCAGUACACUGUCAUCAUGAGCUGGAGAGUGUGCACCAUCCUGGCCACCAUGUCCUGGUUGUUUAGCUUCCUCCUGGCUCUGGUCCACAUUACUCUCCUCCUGAGGCUGCCCUUUUGUGGGCCUCAGAAAAUCAACCACUUUUUCUGUCAAAUCCUGUCAGUGUUCAGAUUGGCCUGUGCUGACACUAGGCUCCAUGAACUGGUCGUCUUUGUGGGCUCUGUGUUUGUUCUAGUGGGGCCCCUGUGCUUGGUGCUGGUCUCCUACACACGCAUCCUCUUUGCUGUGCUGAGGAUCCAGUCUGGGGAGGGCCGCAGGAAGGCCUUCUCCACCUGCUCCUCCCACCUCUGUGUGGUCGGGCUUUUCUUUGGCUGCGCCAUUGCCAUAUACUUGGUCCCUAGAUCUCCCCACUUUCAAGAACUAAGGAAGAUCCUGUCAUUGUUUUACAGCCUUUUCAACCCCAUGCUGAACCCGCUGAUCUACAGCCUGAGGAAUGCAGAGGUCAAGGGUGCCCUGUGGAGGAUUUUGGGGAAAAGGAGGUCCCUGGGAGGGAUGGUUGGGAGUAUUUUGCGUGUGUGUGCUGGUCCUCAUUACACGGAGAUCUUGAAUGCUCUUUUGAGUCCUUUACAUUGA